CGGCCGCGCAAGAUGAAGCUGGCUCUCCUCCUGCCCUGGGCGUGCUGCUGCCUCUGCGGGUCGGCGCUGGCCACCGGCUUCCUCUAUCCCUUCCCGGCCGCAGCCCUGCAGCAGCACGGCUACCCCGAGUCCGGCGCCGGCUCCCCGGGCAGCAGCUACGCGAGCCGCCGACACUGGUGCCAUCACACAGUAACACGGACUGUGUCCUGCCAAGUGCAGAAUGGCUCAGAGACGGUGGUCCAGCGCGUGUACCAGAGCUGCCGGUGGCCCGGGCCCUGCACCAACCUCGUGAGUUACAGGACUCUGAUCAGACCGACGUACAGAGUGUCCUACCGCACAGUGACCGCCCUGGAGUGGAGGUGCUGCCCUGGGUUCACUGGGAGCAACUGUGAUGAGGAAUGCAUGAACUGCACCCGGCUCAGCGACAUGAGCGAGCGGCUGACCACGCUGGAGGCCAAGGUUCUCCUGUUGGAAGCAGCAGAGCUACCCUCAGGCCCGGACAACGACCUGCCAGUCCCCCAGAGCACCCUGGCACCCUGGAAUGAGGACUUCCUCCCUGACGCCAUCCCUCUCGCCCACCCGGGGCCCCGAAGAAGAAGGCCCGCGGGCCCGGCCGGGCCCCCGGGACAGACAGGACCACCAGGGCCUGCAGGCCCCCCAGGGUCCAAAGGUGACCAGGGCCAGACAGGAGAGAAGGGCCCAGCAGGGCCUCCUGGGCUCUUGGGACCACCAGGGCCCCGUGGGCUUCCUGGAGAGACGGGGCGCCCAGGCCCCCCCGGCCCCCCUGGCCCAGCAGGCAGCCCGGGCCUCUCCACCAAUGGGCCCCAAGGUGUUCUCUACUCGCUGCAGCCGCCCACGGACAAAGACAGUGGAGACUCACAGCUGGCAUCUGCUGUUGUGGAUACAGUGCUGGCGGGCGUCCCAGGGCCCCGGGGCCCACCUGGGCCACCAGGUCCCCCUGGACCGCACGGUCCCCCAGGACCCCCAGGUGCUCCUGGAUCCCAGGGAGAGCCUGGUGUGAAGGGGGAAGAAGGGGAGAAGGCCACAGAGGGCGAGGGGGUGCAGCAGCUGCGGGAGGCCCUGAAGAUCCUGGCGGAGAGAGUGCUUAUCCUGGAGCACAUGAUUGGUAUCCAUGAUUCCCUGGCUUCCCCAGAGGGGGGCUCCGGCCAGGAUGCUGCUCUAAGAGCCAACCUCAAGAUGAAGCGAGGUGGUCCCCCAGCUGAUGGUGCUCUUGCUGCCCUGCUUGGCCCGGCUCCUGGGCAGAAGAGCGCUGGCCAUGCCAGCGGGCGGAAGUAAGAGCCCAGCUCUCCAGGACAACCCCAGCCCUGGUCGGAGACCCAGCCCUAGAGCCUGUGCCGCUGAUGGUUGCUGAAGAAACUCUGAGUGGGGCAGGCCAGGCUCUGAGCAUGAACAGUUGUGAGGGACACUGGCUCCCAGGGCCUGGGGGCCUUGAGAACAGAUGGCACCUCCAGGGGCAGGGUCUGGAGAGGAUCAGCACCCUUGGCAGGCCCUCCCUUGCUCCUGCCCUCCCCCACCCUGGAGACGGAGUCUGGGUGGGCUGGGAGAUAGACAUGGAAAUAAUCAUACUCUUUUAUUGGGCCCCUGCUAUGUCUGGGGCCCUGUGCGAGGAGCUUUAUGUACCUUGUCUCAUUUAAUCCUUAGGAGGUAGGCUUACUGUCCCCACUUUGCGCAGAGGGAAAUGGGCUCCGAGAGUGUAAAUAACCUGCCCACACCCAGGUCAGGCUUUGAACCCAGGCUUCUCAGCUCCAGUGUUCUCUCUAGCCUGCCAGCUCCCUCCUCUGAUGAGGAAACUCAGACAGGGAGGGCGCAGGGCAGGCGCUCCCCUCCAGCCAGCAGGAAGCCCCCGUUUCUCAGCCACCUUCCCCCGUGUCUGCUGCAUGGGCUGGGGGCGGCCUGGCCUGGCCUGUAGCUACUCUCUGAGGCCAGGGAGACCCUGAAUGAACCCACAACAGUCCCAUGGACUCGGAAGCAUGUGACAGGAGCCCUGUGGGUGCAAGGGCCAGAACCAGGUUGACAUCAAACUUGGCCGCCUCUCAGCCUCAGUGAACCCGCCCACCUGAGGCUGCAGCCAGGCCCUGCCACACCCACCCCUCUCUGAGCCUGAAGGAAGGAGGAUUUAAUGAGAAUGUGCAUCCUAAAGAGUGAUGUCAGGGGGUGCAGCCUCCUGCCCACCCCCAGCGUCUGGGAAAUCUGUAGGGACCCCUGUUACUCAGCAAGUCUAACGUCCCCUAGACAACCCAGAAAAAGGGAAGCUGUUCAGAACCCAGGCUCUGCCAGGGAGAAAGCUCCUGCCCCUCAGGCUGUGGGCGCACAGGCGGCCUGCCCCACUGCCUCUUUAGCAGCCCAGACCACAUCCCUCAAGGCCCCUCUCAGGCCACGGUCUCCUUGUGACCCAGCCCCCGCCAGUGCUCCUCUCUCUCUGGCCAAGACCCAGGACUCUGCAAUGGCAGCCAACUCAAAGGUGCUAGUGCCCCUGGCACGUGUCCCCUCACAGCAGGGGCAACUCGUCUCUGGGCCCUUGGUGCUUGUGUGAGGCUCUGGGCUGGUCCCACAGGGCCUCAGCUGCUCCUCCCUGAGGCAGGCCUGCCCUCGGCCACUCUUUCUCGACGGCGGGGGCAGGCCGUCACAGGCAGGUAACACUCUAACAAUAAAGGUGCUUUCCCCACUGUGGGCUGUGGCGUCAUGUGUCAGUGGCGACUGUGUGUGUGGUGGUGGGCUGCCCUGCAUCCUUUUGAACCUCAAGAGAACCCAGGUGGGGACUCCCGAGAGCCAAGGCCACCACAAGGCUUCAG